CAGAAAUGUCUGAAGAAAAAUUAAAUGACUUAACAGGAGCGUUGUCCUUGGCAACAGAUGCUAUCCCGAUGUCACCAAGACAAUCACCUGAAAGUAGUAGACAGUCUGUGAUACCGGGACAAAAUGAUCAGAUACAUGAUGAGCGGACAAACACAGGAACAGAGGUGCAGCCAACGGAAUCCUUAGAAAAUAUACCUGACCCACCAACUGACUGGAACUUUAAUAUUUUACUAAACAACAUAGGAGAGAGUCUAUUAGCUGAAGAUCUAAGCAAAAUGAAGUGUCUUUUUGAAGGUGAGGGUGGAAUAGGCAAAAGCGUCCUUGAAAAAAUUAAAUCACCACAAGACCUUUUUCGAAUAUUACGAACACGUGGUUACAUCAGUCGUGACAACCUCUUGUAUCUUCAAGGGAUCCUUUACUUGGCAGGGAGGAGAGAUCUUAUUGAAGAUGCAGUGGAAUAUUCUAAAACAAUUGGAAACGUUUUGCAUUUGUAUGCGCCAUCGUAUCAACCAGAAAAUGGUUACAGAUUCGUAAAAUUCCAUGUGGCUGGUAGAAACUUCAGAAAUUAUUCAAGGAAAGAAGUAGAGCUUCUGCGUUGUAGAGUACAGAAGCUGCUCUUUGUGCCAGAGAAGUUUAUCAUUAUAAGUGGAAUUGAACCAUCCUCAAGCUUAGUUAUCACAUUUAUGAUACCCGAGAUGUAUGUAGAAAUACUGCAAGGUUUGCUAGUGGAAGGUGAUGACCUUGUCGAUCUACAGGAGAAUGGUGUCGAUAUUAUUGAAAUAGAUGGAAGAGUUUACAAUAUCAAAGGUACCAGCGAGAGUCUCUGUGUGGAAACGGACCAGCAAAUCAAGUUGUCAAAUGUUUACGAGCAACUUCCGAGGGAUCUACUUUUCAGAUUUUAUUUACUUCACAACAGCGGGUGUUAAGUGCUGUGUGGCGGCCGUUAAAAGUCGCCCCGACUUCAUCUCAGUGUUGUUAUAUUUUCUGGUCCUUCGGGAUCAUUGAUUUCAACUCAUUUAGAUUUGAAGAUUGAAUACUGCUUAAGCCGGUGCUAGGGGGCGUGGGCAGUGUUGCAUUUUCCAUUACUGCUCAUGAACAGACUCAAUCAAACCUAGUCUGCAAUUUUCACUGUUCGCCUUGUUAUCGACGCUUCCGAGGGAUCUACUUUUCAGAUUUUAUUCAACAGACCAAAGUACGCCUUGACAGUAGUGAAAUGGCAUGCAUUGACCUUUCGCGUCAGAUCAAUUACCUUCAGUCCAACAUAGACACAGCGGAAGAGAAACUAUGCAAAGUUGAGACAGAAUUGGACUCUCUAAAAAAAAGUAGUUUCAAUGUCAAGAGAUGAAACACAACCCGCGUCCCUAAAAGAACUUACCAGUCUGAAAGAAUUUACUGAAGCUUUACAUCAAAUUAAUAUAGAAACGGUCGACAAGAAAGCAGUUCAAAGGUUGAUUAAUGCCUCUGUAAAUAUAGUAUCUACAAGAAUGAGGGAAGGUCACAGGAUACAAGAACAAAGUUUACUGCUCGAUUUGCAGAACAUGCAGUCACAACUUAUCCCCCUGAUGUUUGAGCUUGAACAACACAGAUUUUUAACGGAUUUGAGCCACAUCGAUAAAUCUGUGCUCGACGGAUUGCAGUUGCUGUUACAAUCUCUCAAAGCGCCAACACAAAUUUCCCUGACACCGCAUGGACUACAGAUGUUGAAAAAGAUCAGCAGUAAACUCCGCUAUAAAGAAAAAGAAAAGCUUAGACAGAAAUAUCAAUGGACUCCAGAUGGCAAAAUUGAGAAAUCUAUGGCAGAAGACCCAAACCUAUUUCUUGCAUGUCUCUACCAUAAGGAAAUAGAAAGAACAAGAUUAUAUAUCCAUUGCCAAAGCUUUGUAGCAGAGUGCCUAACCGAAGUUGGCAGAGAAGACUUGAAAAAGUUUCUGGAGCCCAAACCGCAACCGAACCCACCGAAUCCACCGAGCCCACGCUACUUUACCGAGGCAAGACAAAAGGCAGAUCCUUCACAAGGUCAGAAUAGUCAACAACAUCAUAAGCAGCAACAGGCACAAAGGCAAGAGACACCACAGUUUCAGCCACAAUAUCAAGAUCAAUCUGUUCUUAUCACAAGAAUGGCACAACAAAUACAAGAGAUGUACAACACCUUGCAGACAAAACAGAAUCUGUUCGCACUAAAUUUGAUGACUGGAAAACCCCGAGCUUUCCUAUUUCACCACAAGCGUUUCAAAAUACACAGCAAAUUUAAAAUGUCAUUGGUCGUUAUUAUUCUCGCUAUUUUUAAAUAUUGUUCGAAUAUUCAAAUUUUCAGAUACCCGAUCCUUGUCAGAUCAUUAACAUAAAAUUAUCUAACUUAAAGGAAGUUAUCGCUUGGUAGAAUUGAAUUCUGUUUUACAAGAAUAUUGUUAGAAGUCGAGGCCUCUUAUCACACAAGUAAAAAAAAUAUAAAUUGGCUCCAGUGACUUGCUGCUUGUAAUUACUACUGAAGUGUACACAGAAUUUAAGUGAUUUCCAUCUAAUAACAACAAUGUUAAAGUAUUCAAUAUAUUCCAAUUUCAUUUUGAUAUGCGUGGCCGGCCAACCUAGUUCCCUUUCUUAAGGUUGAAAUGUUUAUUGAUGUUUAUGAUAAAGAUUAUGUCCUAUAAAUUAUAUAAAUUGAGCGUAACACUCCUGUCACCGUAACUAUGCUAUUAUAGCUUUAUUGUCGAGCUCGCUUGCGGUCAGCUCGACUUAGUCGCCACUUUUGGCGGUGCAAUAUAUGCUCGUGCGUGCGUCCGUCCGUGCGUGCGUGCGUCCGAUUUUGUCCGGACCAUAACUUUGCCAUGCAUGGACCAAUCUUGUUUAUAUUUGGCAUGUAUGUUAACCUUAAUGAGAGGGCGUGUCACGUGCAAACCCCAUGUUCCUAUCUCAAAGGUCAAGAUCACAGUUGGAUGUCAAAGGUCAAAUUGAAGUUUUUGCGGAGCAUUUCUUCUUCAUGCGCGGUGGGAUUUUGAUGUAACUUGACAUGAAUGUUGACCAUUAUGAGGAGUGUCAUGCGCAAAAACCAGGCCCCUAGGUCUAAGGUCAAGGUCACACUUGACAGCUGGAGGGAUCAAUAACCUGCCCGGGGGCAUACUUGUUAAGUUUAGUAGUAUGUUAUGAAAACACAUAAAUAUUUGGUAAAUAAGCAAUAUCUUUACCAUACCUGCCCAUUACAUAUUCUGUCGUGCUUUCCAGUAGGAUUGGACACAUUAAUUUAUUUUAAAAAUGAAAAAUGAAAAUGCCAUUAUUAAAGAAAUGAAAAUAAACAGCUACUGAAAACUACGUUUCACCUAGUUAUGUAAAGUUUCAGCACAAUGCAUCAAAAAGAAGAUAUGCACCAGUUUUUUAAUUUAUAUUGAGUUUUAAAAGGCGCUGAACUGUCCUAAAGUGUUGCACAUUUAUGCAGUCAUUUUCUAGGUAUUUCAAUUACAUUUUAUAAGAAAAAUACUUCCAAUUUUUCAAAAUCUUACUUCCUUUCUUAAGGUAAUAUCUUUUUCAAAAUAUAAAGAACUUAACUGAAUUAAAGAUUUUAUACAAGUGUUACCUACUUUUUCUUUUUUGAUGCCAGAAAAGAUGUAAACAAAAUGGAAAACACUACUUCGAACAAAGGAAUAUGUUUCAGAAUACAUAUUUCAGGAACGUUUUAGUUACCUUCCCUUUAGUAGUAUUAGUUCCGAAAAUAUAUAAAAAGUGAAUAAGAAUUUCAUCACUUCCAUUGCGCAUGCGCAGCAAGCACUUUACGAUAAUGAUUUUUUUCUGCAAUAAUGAAAUACGUGCGAGGUAAUCCAUCAUCUUGUUUGCUGCUGUAUUGAUGAAAAUUGACAAUCAUGUCCAACCUCCUUUGUUACUAAAUGAAAGCAAACUUUCACAGCCAAAUAUGUUCGUUACGAACAAGUCACCAAAGAAAUCACGUGUGAAUUUCUGAAUUUCUAGAGACCGGCACUUCCUACAUUCAUUCGGCAGUCGUCAUAUUUGUUUACAUUAAAGCUCAAGGUCGUUGAAAUACUUACCUUUUCUAGAAUUCAAUGUACGAAUAACUUCAUUGACAAUUGUUUUAUAGAGUAGUAAUCGUUCAAUUUUCAUGUAAAACAACCCUUGCCUUUUAUUGUUUGGUGUUGUUUGAUUCUUUUUCUCAAAAUAUGGGUGUAAGCGUAAAGGAUACUUUUACCGACUAGUUAGAAGUUUUGUUCAGUAUUUGUUCAUAAUAGUAACGAAGCUAUGUUGUGAGCGAUUCAAAUUAGAUUUAGUCUUGAUACCAGAUUAUGGUGGCGCAUUUAUCAGAUCAUGUGCCGAGAAACAGUAAUGCUAACAAGUGCACGCCUUGACAAAUGGAAUAUCGCUUGACAAAAAUGCGCAAUUUGAGUAAAUUGUGUACCAAAGCAUUUGAAGAAAAAAAAAAGAAAAGAAAAACUUGCGAAUACAAAGCCCUUUUCUGUAGUUAUCAGUUUUUGUCAGAUACUUCUUCUUUCAGUACGAGAUUUUGACAAAACAACACAUUUAGUAAAUUAUUCCACUCAAAUAAAUCUUGUAAAUGACCUUGAACUAAAUACGCAUCAAUGUUUGAUGUUGUAAUUCUUUAAUGUCAUAAAUUGUUAAUUCAAACAGAAAAACGAAAACUACAUAUCACAUCCCAGGUAUGCAUUGUAACAUUUGACAUGAUGUGCACUUUAAAUGAUUUUUUUUGUAAACUGAUCAAUAUAUUUUCUACAACGGAGUAACAAUUCAAUUGCAGAAUUUAAUACUCUGUUUUACUAUUUUUCGCAAUAAAAAGCAUGUUUUGUGUUGUUGAUGCGUCGUUCAUAGUAGUACAUGUAGAGAAUAACAAGCUACUGUCUUUUGAUAUCAAUGUUAUCAGGCUGAUGCUGAUAUGGGCUGGAAGGGGUGAAGUUCACCGAACCCCUUCCGCCCAUAUCUGCCGAGCCUGAUAACAUUGAUAUCAAAAGACAGUAGUCUGAUAUUCUAUUUAUCAUGUAACUGAAAAAAAAAACAUUCUAAAUUUAGCGGUCUGGAGCGAGUUUACCCGGCGUGAUUGAGUACGCCGUGAGCGUGUAAAUCGAUAACGGUGUUACGGCCAAAACCAUCCUUCGCAAGGAUGUAGUUCUACAAGAAAUCCUCCGGAAAGGACCUGAUAAAAGAAAAAUAAAAACAUUUGGAUUGAGCUGAUCCGGUUAGGUGCUUAUUUUAUUCUUAAAAAUAAUUUAUUUGCGGAAGGAAUUACAUCAAUUUGUCAUGUGUUGCCGAAGCAGCAAGUGCUCCGAUAAAACUGGAAAAAUCUCUGUAAAUAGAAAAAUAGCAACAGUAACGAUCUGAUUCAUGGCAAUGUUCUUUAAUUAUUUGGAGCUGGAGGUAGGCCAUACAUAUUGAAAGCAUGUAUGUGAACGGUUGCACCGUACAACAGGGAAUUCAUAGGACCAGGCAUUGCGAACUGGGUGGGUACUGAACAUGUGUAGUAGGAACGUUUUGCUGAACUGUCGUGGAGGGCAUAGCCUCUAAAGAGGGAGAUGAAACACCAUUCUUAAUAUUGCUGUUACCAGUGUUUGAUAAUAUUUUGGAACACUCCUCUGGUUCUUAAUGGACAUUUCAGAGUAAAUUAAAAUGCUUUG